AUGUCCAACACCAGGGGCUGCUCCUGCCCUCCUCUGCCAGACGCCGUUGCCAAGGUUUCCGUGUACGCGCUGCCUGCACGAGCGGAGCCGCGCCACUGUCAUACAUUAGUGCCAGACAUGGCGGCGGAGCUACAACCCGAGUGGAUUUCUGCUCUCCCGUCUUCCUGGAGUUAUGGGGUUACUCGGGACGGCCGGGUCUUCUUCCUCAACGAAGAAGCCAAGAGUACAACCUGGCUGCAUCCAGUUAGCGGAGAGGCAGUUAUAACCGGACACAGAAAAACUCCAGACCUACCCACAGGAUGGGAAGAGGGAUUUACCUUCGAGGGAGCACGAUGUUUUAUCAACCACAAUGAGCGGAAGGUGACCUGCAAACAUCCGGUCUCAGGCUUACCCUCUCAAGACAACUGCAUCUUUGUCGUCAAUGAACAUGUAAAUUGCAGAAAAUUAUGUCGUCCCGCUUUUAGCAGAUCUGCCUCCAAAGUGCCAGUGAAUGAGAAGAAGGAACGACCGCUAAGCACCAUGAGCGAGGCCUCCAACCACACGGCAGCCACCUCUGACUGCACUGCAAACCCCAACAGCCCGGCAGGAAGACCCUCAAGGCCCUCCAAGAAAAUUCAUAAUUUUGGAAAGCGAUCAAACUCCAUCAGGAGGAAUCCCAAUGCUCCUGUGAUGAAAAGAAACUGGCUUUACAAACAGGACAGUACAGGCAUGAAGUUGUGGAAAAAGAGGUGGUUUGUCCUUUCUGAUCUGUGCCUCUUCUACUAUAGAGAUGAAAAAGAGGAAGGUGUACUUGGCAGCAUUCUCCUACCAAGCUUUCAAAUAUCCAUGUUGUCUGUGGAUGAUCACAUUAACAGAAAAUAUGCUUUCAAGGCAACGCAUCCCAACAUGAGGACAUACUAUUUUUGCACGGACACAGCCAAAGAGAUGGAGUCUUGGAUGAAAGUAAUGACAGAUGCUGCACUUGUGCAUUCAGAGCCAGUCAAAAGGUUGGACAGACUAAAAGUAGAACAGUGUGGGCCACAAGAAGUUAGUCAUGUUGUCAACCACAAGCUGCCUCUCACACAGCCUGAAAUCCAGAACAAUGAACGCAACCUUGAGGUUGAUCGUGAACGCAGUGCAGCAGUAACCUCCACCAAAGAAGAAGAAGAAGACAGAAAGCAACGUGACGCUGAGCGCUAUGGCUUCCAGAAGGACGGCGCAGAGCGUGGACGUCCCCUCACCAAGAUCAACAGCCUGAAACUGCAGUCGACUCAGGCAGCAGCCAUUAAGGCUAACGUGACUUCGCCGCAGCCUCCAGCUGAGACUGAGAGCAUGCACCAAAAGCCCCAGAUGAAUGGAUCAGGAGAGCAGCUCCCUGCUAAUGGGAAUGGGCUCCCCGUUCUGCAAAGUCCCAACCAGGAGCCGGACCGCAGCCUGAGUAGGACGAGCUCUAUGCAGCAGCUGGAACAGUGGGUUCGCAUACAGAGAGUCCGCAACCAGGAUGAUGAUACCAGGAGCAUCACAUCAUACCAGACACUGCCUAGAAAUCUGCCAAGCCAUCGGUUACCUUACAUGUCUCAUUAUGGAGAUGGCUACCGCACCAUGCCCAGAAAUAGCAUGGCCCAGCGGGACAGCAUUUGCAGCAUGUCGCCGUCUCUGUACGACCAAGCCCUGGGCCCGGCGGCGGCCGAGAAGCGCCGCUCCAUGAGAGACGACACCAUGUGGCAGCUAUACGAGUGGCAGCAAAGACAGGCCUUCGGCAGGCAGCCGGGGCUCUAUAGCAACAUGGCCAGUCCCAAAACCAUGAUCAACUUAUCGGAGCACGCGGCACCGAGCCACUCCAUCCCUCCUUCGCCUUCCCACGGGUCCUUGUCCAUGUACGGUGGCUACUCGCCGAUGAGGUCUUACAACAUGGCCAACGCUCCUUCCGAGUUUUCCUCCCCCAUCUACAGACGCGAGUCGAGCCUGGACAGACGGCACCGGCCACAAAUCAACAAGUACGCCUACCCACCUGAUAGGAGAUCCAUGCCUGCAGGGAUCCCAAUCCAGACUAUCACUGCCCACUCUCUGCAAGGCAAAUCUCCUGAAGAAUUGACUUUGCUGUUGAUAAAGCUGCGACGGCAGCAGGCAGAGCUAAACAGUAUCCGGGAGCACACUGUAGCACAGCUUAUGCAACUAAACAUGGAUGGCGACAACCCAAAGAACGACAUUCUCUCCCAUCACCUCCAAAGGAACCUCAUGUAUUUGGACAAUCAG